CACCUUUUGCUUGCCACAAAAAACGUCCAGCUGAACCGGGCAGCCUCUCGUGUACUCCGUGUCAGUUUGGGGAGGUAGUGCAAUCCUCGGCAGUGUACUGAGACUGCACUAACUGCUCCUGUCAGUACUGGACAUAUCCGGAGAAUGGACAAUACGCAGACGAGAUAAUAAAGAAACAUCGCACCUGUGACGAGAUUCGCGUUUAAAAGUUUUUUGGAAAUUGAAUUGAAUUUGACGCAGGAGAAAAUCUUACGGUUGUCGUCUGUGUUCAUCCAUAAUGACAGCCGAAAAGGAGAAAAAGAGGCAUCCAUCAGAAAGGCGCAAGGAAAAGUCUCGUGAUGCAGCACGCUGCAGGCGCAGUAAAGAGACGGAGGUAUUUUAUGAACUAGCUCACCAGCUCCCGUUACCCCACAGCAUCAGCUCACACCUGGAUAAAGCCUCCAUCAUGAGACUAGCCAUCAGUUUUCUGCGAACACGCAAACUCUUCAAUUCAGGCCGCAGAGUUCAACAAACUCGGUCAAGGGAUGACAGCCAGAUGGACAGUCUAUAUCUGAAGUCUCUGGAAGGCUUUGUUGCCGUGGUAACAUCAGAUGGGGACAUGAUAUUCCUGUCGGAAAAUGUCAGUAAAUACAUGGGCCUCACACAAGUGGAAUUGACGGGUCACAGCAUCUUUGACUUUACACAUCCUUGUGAUCACGAAGAAAUCAGAGAAAAUCUCAGCAUUAAAUCUGGACCUGCCUAUGGCAGAAGAGGUAAAGAUAUGAGCCCAGAAAGAGAUUUCUUUAUGAGGAUGAAGUGUACGGUCACCAACAGAGGUCGCACUGUCAACCUCAAGUCAGCCACAUGGAAGGUGUUGCAUUGCACGGGGCACCUGCAAGUGUGCAGCAGCCACCCACCUCAAGUCCUGUGUGGAUUUUCAGAACCGCCCCUCACAUGCGUUACUAUGCUGUGUGCACCAAUCCCACACCCCUCUGCUGUGGACACACCCCUCGACAGCAAGACGUUUAUGAGCAGACACAGUAUGGAUAUGAGGUUUAUUUACUGUGAUGAAAGAGUAAGCAGUUUGAUUGGCUACAGACCAGAGGAACUUCUCGGGCGUUCUGUGUAUGAGUUCUGCUAUGCUUUGGACUCUGAGAGCAUGACAAGGAGCCACCAAAAUCUUUGUAAUAAGGGUCAAGUGGUGAGUGGCCAGUACAGAAUGUUAGCCAAACAUGGAGGCUACGUUUGGGUGGAGACUCAGGCAACUGUCAUCUACAACAAUCGCAACUCCCAACCACAGUGCAUCAUCUGCAUCAACUACAUCCUGAGUUCUGUCGAAGAGCAAUCUGUCAUCUUCUCCAUGGAUCAGACCGAGUCUCGGUUCAAGCCGUACCACUUGCAUAACACCGAAGAACUGUUCAGUCAGGGUGGAGCAGACUCCGUUUUAGAACCUCAGGACCUUUUCACUAAGCUCAAGACAGAGCCUGAAGAGCUAACCCAGUUAGCACCCAUGCCAGGAGAUGCCGUCAUUGCCCUGGACUUUGAAAGGCCACAGUUUGAAGAACCGUCUUUCUUACCCGAGUCUACAAAGAUGCCUCUAAGGCAAUCAUGGGUUGUUGACACCCCUCCUGACAGAAGUCCUGAUGGUAGCUUUUCCAAAUUGUCUGCGGCCUUCACAAUGCCACAGGUACAUCCUGCCGGCAAGACCACACCCUGUUCCACGCCCUGCUUAAGCAGAUGCAGCAGUUACUCCACACUCAGCAGUCCGAUAGUUUACUGUGACAAGGAUCUAAAGGUGGAGAUGACAGAGAAACUAUUUGCCCCUGAAAAUGUGGCAACAAAUCCCUCAGACUGCCAGCUGGACUUCAGCGAUCUGGACCUUGAGACUCUUGCUCCCUACAUUCCCAUGGACGGUGAGGACUUCCAGCUGCACCCCAUCUGUCAGGACGAGCCUGUUUCUAACACAGGUCCAGGCCCGGGCACAGCCCUCCAGCACACUUUCAACAACAUAGCUGACCUCUUUCAGCCCUUGGGCCCAUUCCCUUCUGACAACAAGAGCAGUUCUAACACAUGUCCAGACCCAGUUCAUAUGCAACCCUAUCAAAAUGCACUCGACGUCCCACUCUCCUCUAAGAAGGGCAGCCAGGUUUUUCGAUGGCCGUCGGACCCAUCCUCACAGUAUGAGCAUACAGAGAUUAGACGCAUGGAUGAACAGAACACAGAAGAUCGAAGACAAACGUAUAAUUUCACUGCAGCACUGCCAGAGCAAAGGUACUUUGAGAACUUUGGCCCUGUACAGAAAGACAUGAGCCUGGGGCAGGCCGCUCUCAUCAACAGCUUUAAACGGAAAAGACAGUUCAGUUCCUCGUGCUCCUUCUCUGACAUACCGAAGGAGAUGGUUCCUUACCAUGAGACUGCAGAUGUUAAGAGAAUGAAGACGUUGAACGUGGACAGCUGUGUUUUCUCUGUCAGGAAGUGUCUUAGCACGAGUGUGCUUACAGAUAAAUCGUGUAUGCAAAGUGGAAUUGAUGGUCCUCUCCCUCUGAGAGACUAUAGAGUGAGAUCGGAAGAUUUUAAACAGCAUCGUACACAGUCGUUCUGCCCUCCCGACAACAGACAGUACCAUGUGCCGCCUUCACCCAAACACAGAGGAAUGAUAAGUCAGUUACUGGCCCCAUCUUUCGACACAUACUGCCUUCCGGAGAUUACACGGUAUGACUGUGAGGUAAACGUGCCUCUACAGGGAAACCUGCAUCUUUUGCAGGGCUGUGACCUUCUGAGAGCCCUCGACCAGACAACGUAGAUCCUGAGCUUUUGUUCCUUUCAUCUUUGUUGAUAUCCGCUGUUUUCUUCUAUCAGCCUUUAUUUAGACCUGUUUGUAUAUUUUCCUGUGAGAUGUGUAAUAUUUUAAUAUAUAAUUUUUUAAUCAGAUUGUUACUUGUUUAAAAUGUGUUCAGAUAUUUCAUUUCUGUGCCGACUCAUAAUCUUCGAAAGCUGUUCCUAAUAGUUACAGUCAGAUUUACUGUUGUGCAUUAUAUAUAUAGCCUAUAUAUCAAAUAACUACAAUAUAUUACAUUAAUAUAAACAGUACAGUAGUUUAACUUAUUCAUGCAGCUCUGAAUACAUACAGGGAAUAAAAAUUCCAUGUUUGUAUGAAACAAAGAAAGUCAGUGUUUUGCCAAGACUAUGGCCUUGAACGCCUUGAACUUGUACCAGCAAAAAAGUUGCAUUGAUCUAUGUAGCUCCAAAACAUGUCUGUUUUACAAUAUAGCACAUUAAUAUUUAACCCACGUUCCUAUGCGUAUAAUCUAAACUUUUCUCCACAUUCCCCUAUAACGCAAUCAUUAUGAUAAAGACGCUAUUUUAAGGAUAUAGUUUCUCUGUCAUCUCAAGCACUUUAUUUUAAAAGAUGCAAAAGGAACCUCGAUGUUGUCUGUAGUAGACUAAAAUGUAAAGAAGCAGGUUUAUUCCUGGUGUAGUGGUUUGUCACAUUUUAUCCCACACUAGCCAACCACUACCUUUUAUAACUGUAAUAAAGGUAGUGCUUUAAUAACACUAUAGCUGUAACUAUAAAGGCUUAUGUAUAUUUUUCCAUACAAACAUAUCUAUUGUGUCUACAGUCUGAGAUCAGAGUUGUGUGUUCUGAUGUCUGUAACACGUAAAGAAAUGUUUGUAUUUGGUGUUCAAAAGUGCCUUGGUACUUGUCUACCCCUUAGUAGACUGAGAUGAAUUUGUAGCUUUCUCCUUUAUAUGUAUAUAUAUAUAUAUAUAUAUAUAUAUAUAUAUAUAUAUAUAUAUAUAUAUAUAUAUAUAUAUAUAUAUAUAUAUAUAUAUAUAUAUAUAUAUAUAUAUAUAUAUAUAUAUAUAUAUAUAUAUAUAUAUAUAUAUAUAUAUAUAUUUAGCAGUUUAAAGUUAUUAUAUUUUGUAGUAAUUUGUGAUGUGUAUCACCUUCUGGUGAUACUCUGUAUUUUGUGGGUUUCUUUACAGAAGAUAUGCUUAUGAAAGAUUGUAUCACUGUAAAAACAGAAGCUGUUCUUAAAAAUUAUGCUACUUACAAAUCAUUCAUUCUGAUAUUCAAUGUAUGUUGCUUUUAAUUUUGCUUUGUUGUAUUGUUGUUCGUAUAUUUUGCCAGGCUACUAUAAGCUAGUGAUUUUACUGUAACUUUGGCCCUUAUGAUGAUGACAUUAUCUGUUUUCCCACUGAUUCAGUUCUUAUAGAUUUUCACUGGCUGACCACACGCACAAACACACAAUUACACAUUACUGAAUGCAAGGCGGGAUUGUAAAUGGGGCCAGUGGCCCGGUUGCUACAUACAGCACUGACUGUGUAUACAGAAGCUAAUAUUUUUGCAUUAAACGCAUUAUCCCCUUUAAAUGUGAAGACAUUUUAAGUGUAAGAUAAUUUGCUUUUUGCAGAUAACGUGACCCAAAUACAUAUGCUAUAAACGAUGUCUGAGAUCUCAAAUUUUUUAUGCACUAUAUGCCCAAUCUAAGAUUCAAGUAGGAUUUAUAAAAAUGACAAAUGCUUUAGAAACGAGCUUGGCAAUCUGUUGAGAAAUGUUUGUUUUUGCAUUUUAAAAAACAGUGUUGAUUCAAACUUAAAGCUUUCUAAUACAGGGGCGGUUUUGCUGGACAGGGCUUAUCCUAAUCCCAGACUAAAAUGCAUGUUUAUGCCUUAAUUUAAAAAUCUUGCACUGACAUAUCUUAAUAUAUAUAUCAGUGCCAUUGUUUUGUCUCAAGAUGCACAUCAGUAAUGUUUUUUUUAAGGUAUGUCCUAAAAUAACAAAGCCUAGUCCUGGAUUAAUCUAAACCCUGUCUGGGAAACUACCCUGUUAGAUAUGAUUUGUGUAUAGGUUGUUCUUCUGUAUGGAAGUCUAAGAUUGUUACAUAAGUGAUUAUUUUAAAAAUAAAAAUAAAUAAAUUUGUGUUUA